AUGACAUUCACCGUAGUCAAUCCGGUCCCCAGCAACACCGUCCCAGUGAUCCCAGUGACCAAAAACCUCUCAAACAAGGGCAAAGACCAAAGGAUCCCAAGCACAACUCGACUCUUGCACCAUAGUCAUGUCACCACAGAAUUCGAUCCCUUGAGAUUUGAAGCGGCAGCAUCAUUGCAACUGGAAUUGCCACUGGAGAAACAAUACCCAGAGACGGAAAUAGACACGCGACUCAUUGCAUCGCCAUACAACAGCGUCCCCCAUCUAUUGGACAUUUCUGAACUGGAAAGACAAGAUCGACUCUUCGCUUUGGCAUUGGCAUAUCUCAAACCCAUCCGUGAUGACUAUGCCACCGCUGAAUACACAGAAUCAUUCAAUUGGACCGAAGUGUUUGAUAUAUUGAGAACUUUCUCUCAGGCUGAGAACCACACGUGGACAUCGCAAUCCUAUUAUGUUGUGAUUUUCCGAUCGAUACUGUUGCCGAAUAUCGACUCGGACCGGCUCUAUGAUCUUGAUGCACAUUCACACCAAGAGGCGAUUGCCAGUGGGGGGUUGUUGAAGUAUUGGUUUGGGGCGAAGAAUGAUAAGCAUCAGAAUUUGGCGACCUGUGUCUGGCGCAAUCGAAACGAUGCUAGACUUGGGGGUCGUGGACCUUGGCAUGCUCAAGCAAGAGCCGCUGCUACUGUGAUGUAUGAGCAGAUUCGGUUCACGACGCUGAGAUUGGAUAUUGUGGAUGGAGUACAGUCUUGGAAGCUGAGUGACUGGAAGCAGGAUAAGUCAUAA